CUCACACACACACACACACACACACACACACACUCGUCACAAGCAGUAUUAGCCAUUGAGGUUAGUAAUGUGGCACUCCACAAUUCCAGCUUGUCGCGUUCCCUGUUGAGUCUGUAGGAGGCCUAGAAUUAGACCCACAUUUGAGAAACAAGCAGAAACCAAAGGAAACAAGCAGAGGCCUUCCUGAUCGCACCUCCAACACUGUCUUCACCUGGACAGGAGACAAUGGCCAGUCCUGUCCGAAUCCAGUCAGACAGCGCUGUUCUUCAGCCACCGCACUCCACAGGCUUCACCGAGAGCUCGCUGGCCCUUCUUAAGCGAGAAGAUGGCUUGGAGAUGGUCGACCACAAACCUCGCCUUGACGGCUCGGACCGAGGACAUCCGGGAGUCUAUCUGUCCUGCUUCGACAUGCUGUUCACCGAGGAAGCCGCCUGGCUGGUAAGGGUGUCGGAUUCGUCCACACCCGCGGCCGUCGGGCCCAGGCUGGAGCCGUGUCAGGAACCGGAGCAGUGUCCUGUGAUUGACAGCCCCGGGCUGGGAGCCUCCCCGCUGUCUCCUACUCUGGAGGAACAGGUGGAGGAGCGAUCUUUAGAGCAGGUGCAAAGCCUGGUAGUAGGAGAAGUUCUGAAGGACAUUGAGACCGCUUGUAAACUUCUCAAUAUCACACCAGACCCGAUGGAGUGGAAUUGUGGGAACGUUCAGAAGUGGCUGUUAUGGACGGAGCAUCUCUACAGGCUCCCACAGGUGGGAAAGGCCUUCCAAGAGCUGGAUGGCAAGGAUUUAUGCUCCAUGAGCGAGGAAGACUUCCGACAGCGUUCGCCACAGUGCAGCGAAACAUUACACGCACAUCUGGAUAUAUGGAAAUCAGCUGCCUGGAUGAAGGAAAGAUGUUCGGUUGGAGAGACCAGGAUGAGAGAAGGUGAAGAGCUGUGGUCCGAAGCGGAUUCGUCUUGUUCUGGUCAGCCGAUCCACCUGUGGCAGUUCCUCAGAGAACUUCUGCUCAAACCUCACAGUUACGGACGCUGCAUCCGCUGGCUGAAUAAAGAGAAAGGGAUCUUCAAAAUCGAAGAUUCGGCUCACGUGGCGCGUCUCUGGGGUUUGAGGAAGAACCGUCCGGCUAUGAACUAUGAUAAACUCAGCCGCUCUAUUCGGCAGUACUAUAAAAAGGGCAUCAUCCGCAAGCCAGAUGUCUCACAAAGACUCGUCUAUCAGUUCGUCCAUCCGGUAUAAGAGCAAUAGUGAACUCAACCAUUGAGACAAGAACUUUAUGGACUGACAAGCCCUCCAACACAUUUCCUGAGACUAUUUCUGGGUUUUGCAUGACAGUGAAACCAAGAAAGAUGUAAAAAAGUUCCAAGUUUCUAUGUAGAAAAUAUAAUUGUGCUUAGAAAUGUCUAAUAUGUA